AUGGAAGCGCAGAACAGCGAUAGGUCGCCAGAGCAAAGGCCUGUUGCUCAGGCCCGGGGUCCUUUGCUGCCGCUGCGUCUGGUGAAGUCGCUAUGGAAACCCCCCCUGGACUCCGAGAUGCUGUCUGAGGGAAGCUUCCAACUGGUGGACCAACUCACGGAGAUCACCACCGCGGAUUACCAGAUGGCUGAGCAGGUGGCGGAGACCCACAAGAAUGAAGAAGAUGCGGCCAGCCUCACUCUUUCGGGGGCGCCCUUGGACGACUACACGAUGCUUCAGAACACCACUAAGGAAGAGGGGAGCGAUACUAAGGCACUGGUGGACUUUGAGAAGGCUACGGUAAACACCUACCGCAUCACAAAUGGUGGCCAGGAGCUUCCUCUGGUCCCGGGCAAUAUCAGGAACAUGCUCCGCGACUUUACCCGGGGCGAUCUUCGGGACCUUCUGUCCAUCUUUGGCAACCUCGAGGCACUCACCUCAUCCUCUUUCCACAGGAUCCUUGAGAGCUACGGACUGGCUACCAAGAAGUUGCAGCACGAAAAGAUUCUCGCGGCGGAGCACCAAGCAGCGGGACGCCACGACGAUCCACAAGUUGGAGGCAGGCCCAGAGCUCUCAGACUUCAUCUGCGAACACUGCAAGUACCCCUGGCUCAAGCCGCAACAGGCGGGCAAGUGCAUGGGGCAUGCGGCAAGACUGGAUCCCGCAUACACAAGAUGAAGGACAUGGGCAUGACUCAGGAGAUAGAUGGAGUCACCUGGAAACUCAUGAUCACGGACGAAGGGGUCACGUGGAAAAUCCAACCAAAGGAAGGGGAGACUCCGGACGAAGAACAAGAGGCCAACAUGAAGGCUGCGGCAUCCAUCAAUGUGGCUGACUUCUCCGCCCCCCUUAAGCAGCCGCAGAUCAACACGGAGGUCUCAUACUCCGACUUCCUGGGCAACCUUUCAAUCACGAAAAAGGAGGCCGAAGGUCGAAUGAGCAAAUGGCCGUGA